UUUUUUUUCUUUUCUUUUUUUCCCUUACUUUCUGAGUACUACAUACUACUAUAUAGGUAUUAUCACCAUUUUAUUCAACUUGUCUACCAUAAAUUGACUCGACCAAAAUCUGGUCGUGCGAAUAAAUAUGGGCAAGAACAGCGAUCUUAAGAGGUCGAGAGUGCAGGCUUCUGACUCCAAUGUACCUUCAAAUGAUACCGAGUCUACUGUCGAGCCACCCACCAAGAAAGCUCGAGUUGAAGCAAGCAGAUCGCUUUUCGUGCGAUCGCUACCUACCUCAGCCACCGACGAAACAUUGACCGACUUCUUCUCUCAACAUUUUCCAGUGAAGCAUGCUACAGUCAUCCUUGAUCCUCAGACCAAAGCCUCUCGUGGUUAUGGCUUCGUCACCUUCACAGAUGCCGAUGAUGCUAAAGAAGCCAAAGAGAAGCUGAACAAACAAAAGUUCAAUGGCCGUCCACUGGUAUUGGAGAUCGCAGAACCCCGGCACCGCCUAUCAGCCGCCGAUGCCGCCGAUGCCACCUCCCAAAGAAAGGCUGAGAGGCAGGCAGCCAUAGCCGAUGCUCGCAAAGUACCUAAGUUGAUUAUACGGAAUUUGCCCUGGAGCAUCAAGAAAUCCGACCAACUAGCAGCCCUGUUCCAAAGUUUUGGAAAGGUGAAAUAUGCCGACCUUCCCAAUGAUAAGGGGAAACUCUCUGGUUUUGGUUUCAUCACCAUGCGUGGUCGCAAAAACGCAGAGAAAGCUAUAGAGGCUAUAAAUGGGAAGAUGGUUGAUGGGAGAACUAUUGUAGUUGACUGGGCUGUGGAUAAGCAAACAUGGGAAGAGCAGAAACAGCAAAUCAAGAAGGAUUCUAAGAAGGAUUCCAAGUCUGCAGAUCAAGAAGAAGCACCUGAAACUGAAACAGAGUCAGGCAAGAAGAGUAAAAAGAAGGAGGAAGAUAGGGAAGAAGAUAAGGAGGACGACGAAGAAGAUGAGGAUAUCAAAAAUUUCAUGAAAAAUCACAUGGGAAACCUCGAGGAGGAAGACAGCGAUGUUGAUCCGGAUGAGGCCACAGAAAACGACGACGACAUUGAUGCUGCAUCCGAAGACGAACCCAGUCCACCAAAGAAACCCAUGAUGACAGAUAAUAGGACAACACUCUUCAUUCGCAAUUUACCGUUUUCAACGACCGAUACAGAACUCAAGUCCCACUUCGAACAAUUUGGGCAAAUACGGUAUGCCCGUAUAGUGAUGGACCGAGCUAGCGAUAGGCCGGCCGGGACAGGCUUCGUGUGCUUCGUCAAUGACAGCGAUUCGAAAGCUUGUCUGAGGGGUGCACCUCGUCCUCAGCAAUCUGUGGUGACAAACAAAAAGUCGAUUCUACAGAACGAUAUGGCGGACGAGGAAGGCAAAUACACGAUCGAUGGCCGCAUCCUCCAAGUCUCGCAGGCUGUCAGCAAAGAUGAAGCAAGCACCCUAGCAGAAAAGGGUGUUGCAGCACGACAAGGCAAGGAGAAGGACAAACGCCGACUGUAUCUAUUAUCCGAGGGUACGAUUUCGAGGGAUAACCCCUUAUAUGCCAUGCUAGCCCCCACCGAGGUCAAGAUUCGUGAGCAGAGCGUCGACCAACGGAAAAAGCUCAUUCAAGGCAACCCGAGUUUACAUCUAAGUCUGACUCGCCUGGCUAUCCGAAAUAUUCCCCGUAACACGGAUUCAAAGCAGCUCAAAGCCUUGGCUCGUGAGGCUGUCGUUGGAUUCGCCACAGAUGUUAAGGCCGGCCGAAGAGAGCCGCUUUCCAAAGAGGAAACGGCCCGAGGGGGCGAGGAGGACAAGGAGGCCGAGCGGCGACGCAAAGAAAAGGGGAAGGGCAUAGUCAAGCAGGCAAAGAUCAUAUUCGAGAACAACGACGGGUCCAAGGUGCCCGAAGUCGACGGCGCCGGCAAAAGCCGCGGCUACGGCUUCGUCGAGUACUCCUCGCACCGCUGGGCCCUCAUGGGCUUGCGAUGGCUCAACGGACACGCCGUCGAGGGUGCCGCUGGGAAGACCCACCGCCUCAUUGUCGAGUUCGCCAUCGAGAACGCGCAGGUGGUCGCGCGUCGCAAGGAGUUCCAGACGAAACAGCAGACGCUGGGCCCGUAUAGGCCGCAUAACCAGCAUGCGACUACUGUUAAUGGCAGAUCGGCCGCACCUCCUUUUGCGAAUGGGAGAGAGAAGAGCAAUGGCUACGGGAUGAGGGGGAAAGACUUUUCUGUAUCGAAGGCUCAGCGCCAGAACCCAAAUACUGGUAGUAAGGGGCCUGGUAAUGCUGCUGCUACGGGGAAAACUGGCGAGAAGCUCUCUCCUCAGGAUGAGCUACAGCAGAAGAUUAUUAUCAGGAAACGGAUGACGCGGAAGAAGAAGGCCAGUGCUCGUGGUUAAAGUAAAGUAAAGUAAAGUAAAGUCUGGUCUUGUCGUUUCAUCAAUACCUCCUAUUUACAUACCUAGCCUCAGACUCAGUAACUAGUGUCAUUGUCAUACUAAAAGUAUAGGUAGCCCGAACAUGUGUU